AUGAAUUGUUUAGAAAUAAACACUUAGAAAGAUUGGUUUGAACAUGUUGUUAACAAUUAAAAGCCAGUUGUGGUUAGUUUUUUUGCAGAAUGGUAGAUUGUUUAACUAAUAAAAUUUAGGUGUGCCCCUUGCCGUAAACUUAAUCCAUAAUUAAUUUCAGAGGUUGAGAAGAAUUCUUAAAAAUGGUAACUUGCUUUAGUCAAUGUGAACAACGAUGAGCUUUAUGACGUAGUGCAAUAAUUUGCGGUAUAAGUUAUAUUUGAUUAUAAUUAGAAAGCUUAAGUUCCCUCAGUUUGUUUAUUUAACAUGGGAACUUAAAUUGAUUUAAUGACAGGUUAUAGUGAACGCAAGAUAAAAUUUUUUUUAGAAAAGAUAAGGGGCUGA